CAUACAACACGACAUAAACCUCCUCUGUCUCCCUUCCUCUUCCUGCUCCUCCUCCCAUAGUCUAGCAUCCUUGAGUUUGGCUGUGGGUAAUUAAGGGACUCUAGCCAUGGAAUAUAUAAGGCGAGAUUUGUCCGCCACCUCUUAUCGAACACGUUGAAAAUUGUGGUGGUGACUGAUAGGCAGCAACACGGGACAGGCCAGAGAUAAGUUUCAAUCUGGGUAAUCCGUUUGCGUAUCACCGAAGAAGAGUUUACAGUUGUGACGCAGUGUUCUUGAUGGUCUUUGAUGUGUUUAACCCCAGGAAAUAAAUAUCUGCAGGCCGCGGCGACAGGGGAGUGAGGUGCCGAGGUGACGCCCUACAUGCCUUCCUUAUCUCGUUAUCUCCUGGCGUUUGGGAGGAGUGCUGGCCCGGGUAGUAGAGGUAGAGUGUCACUCCAGCAUUUCAACUCUCGUCUGAAGCAGCAGCAACAACAGCAGACAUCUAAUAAAAUAAUGAUGUCUCAGAAGUAUGACUAUUUCCUUGUGCUUGAUUUUGAGGCAACAUGUGAGCAAGGGAAACAUUUUGAGCCCCAGGAGAUCAUUGAGUUCCCAGUACUGAAGGUGAAUGCUAAGACAUAUCAGGAGGAGAGCAGAUUUCGGCAGUUUGUGCGGCCAACACAUAACCCAAAACUCACUGACUUCUGCACUGAGCUCACCAAGAUACAACAGGAAGAUGUAGAUAAGGCAAAGCCAUUUAAAGAAGUGUUUGAGGACUUCAAACAAUGGAUGGAGAAUGAUGUUGGACUGGACAAGGAGUUUCUGUUUGUGACGUGUGGUGAUUGGGAUCUGCUAACAAUGCUGCCGUCCCAGUGUGCCCUCUGCAACAUACCCGUCCCUUACUACUGCAAAACAUGGCUCAACAUCAAAAAGUCAUAUGCCAUCAAGAAAGGGGAAUAUGUGAAGGGAAUGUUGCCCAUGCUGGAGGGGCUGAAUCUGACACACGAGGGUGUUCUCCACAGUGGUCUGGAUGACUGUAUAAAUAUUGCCAAGAUUUUGAAGGCUCUUGCUGACCUGAACUGUCGAUUUCUGCCAACUUAUUCCAUUGACUGACUUCGCUGUGUCCAGGGGAAGUGGCAUACUACAUCACAUAUAGAUGCACUAGUCGUUGAUGACCAAUAUAUAUAUAUAUAUAUAUAUAUAUAUAUAUAUAUAUAUAUAUAUAUAUAUAUAUAUAUAUAUAUAUAUACAGUCAUACCUCGGUUUACGAGUUUAAUUCGUUUCAGAAUUUUGCUCGCAAAUCAAAACACUCAUAAACCAAAAUAAAUUUCCCUGUUUAGAUCAAUGGGAAUUCCAUUAAUGCAUCCCAUAUCACCCAAAAUAUUAACAAAAAUCAUUUUACAUGUUAUUUUGUACAGAAUAAAAGUAAUUAUAGUGCUGAAAACACAAAGAUCGUACACUAGAGCCCAAACGUACGUGGACACGAACGUGUGGUGCUACCUUUGCAAGUGUACAAAGCGGACUAAGGCAGUGUACCACUUGGCGUUUUCCUCCAACCAUUGGACCUAGGAGCAACCACUAUUGCCCAUAACCCCAACCGGGAGUGAGUUUUUGGUUCCGGUAAACACUCCUGUCCUCCCAUCUUUGAAGCCAUGAUCAUACCCACAACGGCUUCUUCCUUCCAUUUAACUUCAGCAACAAGUCCAUAAUUUGAGUACAACAGCACAGGCCACAAUAGCCCUUACUUUGGCAAAUGGUGCCAUGUUGAUACCGGACGACUGGUUUGUUUACGUUGUGGAUAUGAGCAAGUGACCUUGGAUGUAUGUGAAGCACACCCAGAAAAGUCGGAGUUGCCAGUUGCGCCUACCACCAACACGGUUGGAGAAAAAGGCCGAGUCUGAUACCAGCUUGAGACCCUAUUCCCAUUGUUUUCUGCUCUGAGCGCCCUCGUCUUGCGGCGAACAACGGGAUCCCACGCUCACGUCUUCGACUCAUACAAACAUGAUGCUCAUACACCAAGUCAACACUUGUAAACCAAGGCAUUUUUUGUGAUUUUCUUUUGCACACAAAUCAAAACGCCCAUAAACUAAGGCACUAGUAACCCUCAGUUUAUGAGUGCCUUAGUUUAUGGAUGUUUUGACUUACAAGCAAAAAAUUAUCGCAAAAAAUGCCUUGAUUUACGAGUUGUGACUUCAUGUAUGAGCAUCCUGUUGGUACAAGUCAAAGACGCAAGCGUGGGAUCCCAAAGUUCACCACACGAUGAGAGCACUCAGAGUAGAAAACAAUGGGAAUGGGGCCUCUCUCUGUGUUGUACACUCGCAGAGGUAGCACUCAUGUUCACCCUCGUUUGGGCUCUAGUGAGCUAUUUUUGUGUUUUCAGCACCACAGUGUGCGUUCAUUUGGGUUUACAAGAUUUUGGGUUUGCAAGCAAAAUUCCAGAAUGAAUUAAAUUUAUAAGCUGAGGUAUGACUGUAUAUGCAAAUACUCAAAUGUCACUGAGUUGAGCAAAACAAAUCUUUUACUGGUGCCUGUUCAUUCACCACUACGACAUCCAUCCCUCACCACGACGCCUAUAUUUUAUUACAGUGCUGUCCAAACUUUUUCGCCUAUUGUACCCUUUAUUACAUUCUCCCACUGUUACGAACCCCCUAUGGCUGACUAAAGUCAAUUAUAUAUAUCAUAUUUGCAUUACAUUACAUUAUAUUUACGUACACGUACAAUACGCGUCCUUCUUAGGUAACCAACCGUCCCUCCCUCUCUCUUUUCCUUCAUAGAACAUGGGAAGUUUCUGCUGUGUGUGUGUGUGUGUGUGUGUUCAUCGUCUUUUCACGUACCCCUUUGAUCUAUGCUGCGUACCCCGAGGGGUACGCGGACCCCAGUUUGGACAACACUGUUUUAUUAUACAUUCUUAGCUCCUUUGCCCCUCCCACCCCAGGAGUAUGAGACCUCAGUCUCUGGGUGUUAAGAGGACACCUGAUUGUACCUGUGAAUGCUCUGCUGACUUUUGUACAAUAUUUUUCAAUAAAAGCUAACCAAAUA